AUGGAAGACGGCUCUAACACACAAUUUCGUCUGGCUGCCAUCGAAAGCCUACUUCCCCCUAACAGCGACGGACCGGUCUUCCAUUUCCAUGAGAUGCACGAUGAGGGAUUCUACGUGACGAAGGGAAGAGUUCGCUUCCACAGCCCCGGUCGGCCGGACGUUGACGCCAAAGCUGGAGACCUGGUGGUAAUUCCAAUCAGACUGCCUCAUCGAUUCAGUAAUCCUUUUGAUGAGGAGGCUGUUUUCAUGAACACCAUCACGCCAGGAGCUUUCGUCCGCUAUUUUGCACACCUGGAAGAGCUCAUCGGGGAAGGGACGGUCUUGACUCCGGAAGUCAACAAGGCUGCCCUGCGACGGUUUGCGACAGUGCCCGUGAGCGAGGAUGAUAUCGCUGACAUGGAGAGUAAGCGUGUUGCCAUUCCCCCGACCGAGGGAGAGAAGUAUGUGGACCAGGUUGCAGCUGAUAAGGCUCUCAAGUGGGUAUCUCAGUUUAAAUAG